UAUUGCGGACUUUUCUCGAAGCCGACGAAAAAGAAAGUAGAACAAAUAUUUUUGGUGCACGUGCACAAAUUAAGUGAUUUUCCCUCAUAAAAACACAAAAUAUUCAGGAACAUUUAGUUAAAUAAUGACACAAGAAGUCCAUGAGCCGACAGACAUUACUCCAGACAAGGAUGGGGGAGUUAUAAAGCAGAUUUUGCGUGCGGGAGAGGGGAACGAUAGCCCGGUACCAGGGGACAAAGUAUCCGUUCAUUAUGUGGGGACCCUGGAAGACGGAACACAGUUUGAUUCAAGUCGAGAUAGAGGAGAAUACUUUGAAUUCGAUCUUGGGAAAGGGAGUGUCAUCAAAGCAUGGGACCUGGGAAUUGCCACCAUGAAAAAAGGAGAGCUAGCCAAGUUCACCUGCAAACCAAAGUAUGCCUAUGGAGAAACCGGAUCCUUACCAAAGAUCCCAGGCAAUGCUACCCUGAUAUUUGAAGUGGAACUUAUCAGUUGGAAAGGUGAAGAUUUAUCUCUGAAGGCUGAUGGGUCCAUUAUUCGUCAUAUCACCACAAAAGGAAAAGGUUGGAAGAAUCCAAAUGAAGGAGCACAAGUUAAAGUACACUAUGUUGGUAGACACGGAGAGAAUGUUUUUGAAGAUCGAGAGGUAGAAUUUUGUAUCGGGGAUGGAGUCAUGUCUGAUGUCAUAGAGGCAUUAGACAUAGCCAUCAAGAGAAUGAAGGAGGGAGAAAAAUGUCGCCUGGAUGUCAAAUCCAGCAUGGCUUAUGGAUCCAAAGGGAAUGAAAAGCUAGGUGUACCUCCAAACGCAGACCUCGUGUAUGAUGUAGAACUACUCAGCUUUGAAAAUGCAAAAGAAAGCUGGGAAAUGGAGCCCCAUGAGAAACUUGAACAGUCAAUCAUGGCUAAAACAAAGGGAACAAAAUUUUUCAAGGAAGGCAACUACAAAAUUGCUAUGAAAUACUAUGAUAAAUGUCAGAAGAACUUGGAGUUUGAGACAACACUGAAAGGUGAUGAUGAAGAAAAGAGGAAAGAAAUCAUCGUUCUAGCUCAUCUGAACAUGGCCAUGUGUCAGUUGAAGAUGGAGCAAUACUUCAAGGCUCGGGACCACUGUAAUAAAGCACUGGAGCUGGACAAUAAGUGUGUCAAGGCGUACUUCAGGAGAGGGCAGGGAUAUUUUGCUGAAAAUGAUUUUGACCUAGCUAAAAAGGAUUUUGAGAAGGUUUUGGAACUAGAGCCAGACAAUAAAGCUGCCAAGAACCAGGCAAAAAUUUGUGAACAGAAGAUCAAACAGUUUGACAAAAAAGAGUCUCACAAGUAUAAGGGAAUGUUUGACAAAUUCGCUGCAGAGGACGCAAAAAAGCCUCAAAAUCUCUAUUCUGAUGGUUUUGAGGAAAUUGGAGAGUGGGAUAAUAAAAUGGCUCAUGGCAUGCUUCCCCUUGAUCAAGAAUGUGAAGCUUUUGGAGAGAAGAUGCCAGAGCGAUGCAGCAUGCCCCAACCCCCCGGGGACGACUGACCCCCUAUCUCCCAGGGGACAUGACUGUCAUUGACCGAUUCUCUAUGACCGACGAUGAGAAGAGUAAAAGUGAAUCUAAGUAGAGAAUUCCAAGACAAACCACAUGAAGAAGGAUAUACAUAGCAAAACCUACCACAGUGAAUACUUCAGAUAGACAGUUGGUUCAAUGUUCUUCUUCUGUGUUUCUUAUAGUGCCAUUGGUUGUACAGCUGUGAAUCAUGACUUUUUAUCUCAUCUUAUCCAUAGAAAGAAAUCAACCUCGGUGUUUACAUGUUUCUUACCUAUUUCGUAGAUGAAAUGUGACAGUGCAAGUUUUGUUUUACAAGAAAAUUUGUAAUCAUUAUCAAUUUUAUUUUACAUCUGAUAAAUAAAUGAAUUUAAUAAGUUCCGAAA